CGUGUUCAUAUGAAAACCCCUCACACACAAACACACCCCUUUGCUCCCACCCCUGCUCUGUAACCUACAGCUCAGCUGCACCACUUUGGUAUUUCCCACAAUAAAAUCCCAGUUCCACGCGCUCUCUGUCAUUUUGCCUCGGAGCCCCUCGGCUCCUCUCUCUCUUCCCUCUGUGUCCCCAGGCACCCCGGACCGGACUGAGCACCAACACCUUCUGGUUUCAGAAAUCAAGAGUGCUUGGGUCAAGGCCAUGACAUCCAUCAAAGAGACUAAAUAAGAUCUAUGUCUCCCUCAGCUGAGGAAAGGAUACAGAAGUUACAUUUUUAUAAUGACACUAGCAAACAAAAAAAACUGAUCGUUAAAUGAUGAACGGCGUCAGGGGAGGGCGAGUGAUAAUGCAAAGGAUGUUGAUGCUGAUGGUGCUGGUGGGAGUCAUCGGUUUGAGUCACGGUGCCAUUCAGAGACCUGAUUAUGAUGACACGUCCUACCCAGAGUUCCUCAACCCGUCCUGGAUGGCCCGCAUACCGGAUAAUCAGCCGCUGUCUGAGGUCACCAUACCCGGGACCCACAACACCAUGGCCCUGUAUGGCGGUGUGUAUGCUGAGUGUCAGACCUGGAGCUUGGCCUCCCAACUCCGAGCAGGCAUCCGCUACCUAGACAUCCGCCUGCGCCACAUCAACGGGAACCUCAACCUCCAUCACGGGGUGUCUUACCAGAGAGGGCACUUUGGCCUUGUGCUGCAGGGUGUGGCUGACUUCCUGUGGGAGUAUCCCAGUGAGACAGUGCUGAUGCGUGUGAAGGAGGAAUUCAGUGAGACCUACGACAUCUACGGCGCUGUGGUAGACUACAUCAAGCGCUAUGCUCACUGGGACCUGCUGUGGCACAGCCGGCUCGUGCCAACCAUGGGAGAGGCCCGGGGGAGGCUCAUCAUCAUGCAGGACUUUGCUGGACCAGACCUGGGGAUGCGCUAUGGCUCCAUGGACAUAGCCGAUGACUGGAAGGUACCCACACUCCUGCAUGUGGAGGAUAAAUGGCAGAGUGUCUAUGACCACCUGGAGGCAGCGCCUGCAGGAAACCUAGCCCAGAUCUAUCUCACUUACAGCAGUGGAGCUGGCGUGUUUGCGUACCCCAGAGCUGUGGCUCAGCGUGUCAACACACAACUGUACGACUACCUGAACGCCAAAACAGACCUGAACCAGCGUCUUGGAAUCAUAUGCAUGGACUUCCCUGCUGCUCCUAUUAUUCAAAUGAUCAUUGACUUCCAACUGAAAGAGGUCCAAAUACCAGUAUUUUACGCAGCUCAUCACAAACCAAGUUUUAAUUAUAGAAUUUCUUCAGGGAGAAACAAGAUUUUCUAACUAUUAGCAUGAGGCAACAGUUGAUCAUUUCAAAAUUAAAGAGGCACCACUAUGGUCCCCUAAUACUGCAGACGCUCUAUAGUCCGGUGUAACCUCACUACAAACUAUAACCAUCAUUAUAUAAAUUGUACCUCCAAUUAAAUGUAUUGUGUCAUUCAUUGUGUACUGUCAUUGUAUAAAUAAAUCAGAAAUGGCAACAUGCAAAGUUUUGUGAAAAAAUAAACUGCAGUGGAAACUCA